GUGAGGAGAGCAGAGAAUUGAAAAUUCAACUCACCGAUUUGUGGUAAAGUCUCUCUCUAUAUAUCCCUCUCUCUCUCUCUCUCUUCGCUGCUUCCUUCGAGCGUAUACACAAUUGAGGAAAAGAAGGUAGCUAGGUAGUGCAUGCGUAUGUGUAUACGUAUACGUAGGUAGGUACGGUGAGAGAGAGAAUCGAUCGAGAGAGGGAGCUUGGAUCGAUGGGAAGGGGAAGAGUGCAGUUGAAGAGGAUCGAGAACAAGAUUAAUAGGCAAGUCACGUUCUCAAAGAGAAGAUCUGGUUUGCUGAAGAAGGCAAACGAAAUCUCAGUGCUAUGCGAUGCCGAAGUCGCACUCAUCGUCUUCUCCACCAAAGGCAAGCUCUUCGAAUAUUCCAGCGAUCCCUGUAUGGAAAGGAUUCUUGAACGGUAUGAGAGGUACUCAUAUGCGGAGAAGCAACUCAUUUCAAAUGAUCAGCAGCCGCCAAAUGAAAACUGGAUACUAGAACACGCAAAGCUCAAGGCUAGGGUGGAAGUUCUACACAGAAAUCAAAGGAAUUUUAUGGGGGAAGGUCUCGAUACCCUAAGUCUGAAAGAACUUCAGAAUUUGGAACACCAACUUGAAUCCGCUCUCAAGCACAUUAGAUCACGAAAGAACCAAGUCAUGUAUGAAUCUAUUUCAGAGCUUCAGAAAAAGGAUAAGGCACUCCAGGAACAAAACAAUGUGCUCGCCAAGAAGAUAAAGGAAAAAGAGAAGGCACUGGCCCAGACUCAAACUCAAGAGGAGCAACUUGGCCUGCAAACUACUGGUGAUGUGCCCUCUCUCCUUGUAACCGAACCGUUGGAGUCCUUCAAUAAUAUUGGAGGCAGUAGUACCCCUCAAGCACCUGGAGGUAGUGAUGGAUUAUUAUUAGGAGAUAAUGAAGAAAGUACUACACCAACUCAACCUAAUAAUAAUAAUAACCUUCUUCCUCCUUGGAUGGUUCGCCCUACAAUAAAUGAAUAGAACUUCUUUCAAAUACUAUUUAUCAUUUUACACUCCACAACAGUUUCAGCAAAAUUACCAAACACGCCUUCUACAAAACCCUAUAGACUAUUUCUGAUGGAUGUUAUGAUGAUGAGUAUAGAUAUGGAAUAUAAUCUGUAUGUAUAAUAUAAUAUAAUAUAAUAUAUAUGACACUGUAUUUCCAUGGCUGCUGAGUAUUAAUUGUCUGCCUAUAUAUGCUUAGUUAGUUUAUUAAUUUUAU